CCAGAAAUUGCUGUUGACGCUGAGAACAAGGUUCCUGACGCUGAAGACAAGGUUCCUGACGCUGAAGACAAGGUUCCUGACGCUGAGGACAAGGUUCCUCAAGCUGAGUACAAGGUUCUUCACGCUGAGGACAAAGCUCCUCACGCUGGGAACAAGGUUCCUCACGCUGAGGACAAGGUUCUUCAAGCUGAGGACAAGGUUCUUCAAGCUGAGGACAAGUUUCCUCAAGCUGAGGACAAGGUUGCUCACGCUGAGGACAAGGUUGCUCACGCUGAGGACAAGGUUCCUCACGCUGAGGACAAGGUUCCUCACGCUGAGGACAAGGGUCUUCACGCUGAGGACAAGGUUCCUGGCGCUGAGGACAAGGUUCCUCACGCUGAGGACAUGGUUUCUCACGCUGAGGACAAGGUUCCUCACGCUGAAGACAAGGUUCCUCAAGCUGAGGACAAGGUUCUUCACGCUGAGGACAAGGUUCCGCACGCUGAGGACAAGGUUCGUCACACUGAGGACAAGGUUCCUGGCGCUGAGGACAAGGUUCCUCACGCUGAGGACAAGGUUCUUCACGCUGAGGACAAGGUUCCUCACGCUGAGGACAAGGUUCCUCACGCUGAGGAAAAGGUUUCUGAAGCUGAGCACAAGGUUCCUCACGCUGAGGACAUUCCGCAAGGUUCCUCACGCUGA